CUAUACACAUUGGACACAAAAGUAGGGCAAAUUCAUUGGUUCCUCCAUAACAUCAUCAUCAGAGAACAUCUCACCCUUUGCCACCUUAAAUUGAGGUUCUCUUACCACCUUAAAUUGCACCCUUUCACCUGACUCCCAUCUUCCUCCCUCACACACCCACCCUUCAAUAUAUAACCCUGCAAUCUGCAUGUGGAUUCUCACCAAUAACACAACUUGUAACAACAAAACAAGUUUGGCCACACAUUACUACAUACAAUUAAGAUCCAUCUUUAUGAUGAAGCAGGUUCUCUUCUUUCCGUUUCUUCUUUUCUUGGUCUUCUUGAUCCUCCAUUGCACCACGUCCUCAGCUCAGUCCCCUGCAGAGUCUCCGGCACCAUCGGGCCCCGUUGACAUCAUCGCAAUCCUCAAGAAGGCCGGCCAUUUCGCUACUUUCAUCCGGUUGCUAAGAAACACAGACAUGGGUGAACAACUCAACGGACAGCUUAAAAAAUCUAACCUGGGCCGCACCCUCUUUGUACCGACUGACAGCUCCUUCUCCAGCCUCAAGUUGGGCACACUGAAUGCGCUUACCGAUAAACAAGAGCUUCAGUUGGUGCAAUUCCAUAUCCUCCCUGAUUUCUACUCGGAAUUGCAGCUCCAAACCGCUACAAACCCAGUGCAUACUCUGGCUGGUGAUAGCAACGCCGGCCAUUUCCAACUGAAUGUAACGGCCGCGACAGGAAAAGAAGUGAACAUAACAACAGGGGCGGUCAGUACAACGGUUGAAAAGACAAUAUAUACAGACGACCAUCUUGCUGUUUACCAGGUGGGGGAGGUGCUCCUUCCACUGGAAAUUUUUGGGGCAGCUGCUUCACCUACAGCAUCUAAGCCUGAGAAGAAGAGACCCAGUACUGAAGACGCUGCUACUACUACGGAGUCUUCGGGUGCAUUUGGUCCAAACCGGCAAGCAAUGACAGCAAUAUCGUCUGGAGUCGUAGUGGGUUCCUUGUUUUCUUUUUUGCUAUGAUUUUUCUUUUCCUUCUGGUUUUAUGAUUGAUGAGAUCUUUCUUGUGUGUUACCGCUGUUUCGAUUUCAACAAAAUAAAAUCAUUUAUUUUAUUUUUA